UUGAUUUCCCUAAUAAUAAUAAUAAUAAUUGACUAAUAAUAAGCAAGAAAUUGAAAAUGGAAAUAAAAUUGAAGUGCAGUUGUGGGGAAUCAAAUUGCAGUGAAUGGGCAAUAAUCGAAAUCCAAGGUAUUGUUGAAGUUCAACCUGCUUUCCAACACCGCUUACUAAAUCUGCAAAUUGGUCUUCUUUGCCGCCCAUCUUCUCAGGAGAAUUAUACAUUUACUGUUGGUUAUCAUGAAUUGACCGGGUCCAAGAUUCCGUUGAAGAAACCGUUACUCGUGUUGAAAAAGAAGAAGAUUGGUUAUUCUGAUAUGGAAAUAGACCAUAAUGAUGGUAAUGAUGAUGAUGGUGAGGAUGAGGGUGUAAGUUCGUCGUCUAGGGUCGAAUUGGAAGUUAUUGGGAUUAUUCGUCAGCGGAUUUUGUUCAAGACUCGACCUAAGGCUCUUAUAUCUAAACCACCGCUGACCGUGAAGGAGAAAGCAAGUGCACUAUGUCCUGCUGUUGCAAAACUAAAUUGACUCCCACAAAGUGAGAUUUGAUCUUAUGAUGUAACUUUUAAUUUGAAGUAAUGAAUACAAAUCCACUUGAAUCUGAUGUUAUGUCAUUGUAAUCUAUGAUAUGUGCAAUCCUUUUUAGACUUUAUUAAUCAUAAACUUUUUGGAGUUUUAA